GGGACAUGCCGAAUAGAGUAAGUAGCAUACGACUACCUACUAACUAACUACUACCUAGGUAUCGUCAUCGGGGGAGCCGCGCUUGACGUCGGCCCUCUUCCUUUGGUGGGGUUUGCCUGUAUAACUAAGUGGGCAGAGGUGAAGAAUGUGUUCGAUAUUUAGCAUCGAAGCCGGUUUACUCUGCACAUCAAACUGUCUCUCCUCCUUCUGUAUCAAGACAGGCACAGGCAUCCCACGUCGCCCAUAUAACCGGCAUCAGAACAUCAGAAUCGGGCAUCGUCGUCAUCCAUCUCUCUCUCUCUCUCUCUGUCUCUCUCUGCUUGCCUCCGCCCCGCCUACUACAUCUUUCUCAUACCUGAUACGCACUGCCAGUACCCACGUCUGGCACAAGGUAUAUAUAUACGUAUCACAAGGGGCAAAGUAUACGUAUUCAUCUUCUCACCAUCUCGACACACAAUCUUCAUUUCCCUCACCAUAUAAUCUCGUAAUUCCCACCAUGGCUACUGCCGCAGCCGCCGCCGCCCUCCCCGCGACCCAGCGCGCCGUCGUCAUGACGGGCAAGCGCCAGCCCCUCGCCGCCGCCGAGGCGCCCGUCUUCGCCCCGCAGCCCGGCGAGGUCGUCGUCCGCGUCGCCUGGACCGCCUCGACGCCGCUCGACCUGCACCGCGCCGACGGCGGCCUCCUCGUGCCCUCGUGGCCCGCGCAGACCGGCGGCGGCGGCGUGGCCGGCACCGUCGUCGCGCUGGGCGGUUGCGGCGCCGGCGACGGAGCCAACGAUGGCGACAACUCGGCGCCGGCGGCGCUCCUCCUCAAGGGCCUGCGCGUCGGCGACCGCGUCAUGGCCUUUGCCUUUCGCGGCGCCAAGGAGGCCAACCACCAAGAGUACAUCACCAUCCCGGCGUACCUCGCCGGUCGCAUUCCCGACGGCCUCUCCCUAAGGGAGGCGUGCACCGUGCCCGUCAACCUUGUUACCGUCUUCCACACCGCCACCGCGGACCUGGAGCUCGAGUUGCCGUGGCCCGUUCCGUCACGCGCGGACUGGAGGCCCGCCGCCGCCGACGCGCCCGUCCUCGUCUGGGGUGCGAGCAGCAGCGUCGGUAUCUACGCCGUGCAGGUCCUGCGCCACUGGGGCUACCGCCGGAUCCUGGCCGUGUCGAGCGGCAGGCACCACGAGUACCUGCGGCGCGUGGGCGCCACGGCCUGCUUCGACUACACCAAGCCCGAAGACGUGGUGUCGUCGAUCCUCACGUACGUCGGGGAGCGCGGCGCCGACGGCGAGGGCAGCGCAAAAGAGGGCCCGCAGAUCCCCUACAUUCUCGACUGCAUCGGCUCGCUCGACGGGACCCUACGACCCCUGACGAGCAUCGCCCAGCGCGGAAGCCGCGUCGCCGUCAUGCUGCCCGUCAUCCUCAAGGACGCUACCGAGGACGACGAGCCCGAGUAUGAAAUGGACGUGACCAAGUGUCUCCCCGACAAGUGGGCAGAGGGCGUCAUCCUCAGGGGCACCAGGACACACUUUUAUCUUCAGAACGAGUUUUUCAAGGAGAGGUUGCAGCCAGAGAUCAUACCCGCCCUGCUGGCGAACAAGAUCAUCGAGCCCAACAAGCAGCGCGUCGUGGAGGGCGCAGACAUGGUGGAGAGGGCACAAAACGCGCUCAGCUUGCUAAGGAGCAAAGCGGUCAGCGGCGAGAGGUUAGUGUGGAAGGUCUAGAGCUGACGCUGCGCAAGUCGAGGACCAUGUAUAAA